CCCAAUUAGAAUGAAAUGUAAUCAGAAGUAGAGUUGAUCGAGAAUUGAGAUGGAUUUUGUGGAUAUACAGCUGAUUGAUGAGGCAGAAAAGGGGCAGGUGGAAGGUGAAGAUGAAGGAGGAGAAAGUGUGGAUGAUGAGGUUAUUAGGGUUUUACGAGAAGCCCUCCACGUUGGUAGGGUGGUCGAAAGAGUUGACCUCUCCGGUCGCCACCUCAAAUUUCUCCCUGAGCUCUUUGGCAAGAUUCAUGCCCUCCUCCUUCUCGAUCUCUCCCACAAUCAACUCAAGAUGAUUCCCGACUCAAUUUCAGGACUACAAAAAUUGGAAGAGCUCAAUGUGUCAUCAAAUAUUUUGGAAACCUUGCCGGAUGCCAUUGGACUCUUGGUGAAUCUAAAGGUUUUGAAUGUUUCUAGCAAUAAAUUAAAGAAACUCCCUGAAAGCCUCGCUGGUUGCAGGUCUUUGAUUGAGCUGGAUGCAGGCUUUAAUGACUUGAUGUUUUUGCCAAAAAACAUCGGUUAUGGAUUGGUGAAUCUUGAAAAACUCUCUGUCCAUUUGAACAAGCUAAAAGCUUUUCCAAAUUCUCUCUGUGAAAUGAAAUCAUUGAAAAGUUUAGAUGCUCAUUUCAAUUCACUUCAUAGUCUACCUCAUGCAAUUGGUAAACUGACAGAACUUGAGGUCUUGAAUGUGAGCAGCAAUUUUACUGAUUUAGUUGAGGUACCUGAUUCAGUUGGUGAUCUAUUGAAUCUUAGAGAACUUGAUGUUAGCAACAACCAAAUUCGUGUCAUUCCCGACACUAUUUAUCAGCUUGAAUAUCUAACUAAGCUUAACUUAGAUCAAAAUCCACUUGUAAUUCCUCCAAUAGAUGUAAUGAACAAAGGACUUCAAGCUAUCAAGGAAUACAUGGUGCAGAGACGCCUUGAUAUUUUGGAAGCUGAGAAAGAACAAAGUUUGUCUGCAAAAAAUGAGGCGUCUUCUGAGAUGGGAUGGAUGGAAUGGGGCUCAUCCAUGCUCCAAAACGUUUAUUCCGGGGGAAAUACUCGAACUGAUCCAUUUUUGGAUCAGCAGUUGUAAGUGGCAUCAUUAUUUCAUACAUGUAUGGUUCUUUUUUUGUGGUUAUGCGAAGUUAAAGUUUGUAUUGACUAUGAGUAUAUUCUCUCAGUUGUUGGAUAAAUAAUGCUGAAUAAGUAACCUAUUGUAUGCAA